CUUUUCUCGCAAGAGAAUUGCGGAGCACGUACUCCGCCGAACCACACAGACAUUACUCACUACCAUCGAAAUUUCACAUUAGGGCCUGUUUUCCUAUUCCACCCUGUGAGAUCUCUUCAAGGCUUCUAGUCGCUGUUGCUCCUCACUGUUUCUCCAACCAAGUUCUAAGGUCCACAGGGGUAGUCAAGAUGGAGAUCUUGACAUGUGGUGUGAAGUGGAAUCGGGUCGGUGAUGAAGUGUUUGAGAGUGGUAAUGGAGGUAGUAUUGAGGUUGAAGACAAAGUUGAAGUUCUUUUUUUUAUUUUUUAUUUUUAUUUUCCUAAGGAGCUGUUUCUAUAUAUAUAUUCUCUCAUCAUCAUACAUAGUUCAACAGUCAUGAUGUUCUGACAGGUCACCUUCUGUCAGGUCAUUCAUAUAUUGCGGGCAAUUAACUUAUUUAAUGCUUAGUUGGCUUGUGUCCUGGAGUCCAUUUCGUCUCACUAUCAAACGCAAUAUGGUGUGAUGAGAUCGCCUGCGCAUUAAUGAAUGUUGUACAAUUGGAAUUCAAACCAGGCGGUGAUUGAGCGAGUGGAUUGACCUGCAUUUGCUCAUUCGGGUUUACCCAUGUCUAUAUUCAUUUAGGGAGUGUGCACUUGUUUGAAUCUUAAGGGCAUGCUAUAUUUUAUAUAUCAUCACUUUUCAAUUAUUGGUUUCUCAUGAAACACUGUUCUGGAAUUUUUAAGUUUCUCAGUUAUGGUUUACUUGGUGUUGAGAUAGUUUUGCUGUGAUUGAAUCUUUCUGAAUUUGCUUGUUUACUUUUGUUAUGUUCAAUGAAAUUUCUUCAUUUUUCAGAAAAAGGAAAAAAAAUUACUUGUCAAUUGUGGUUUUGCUUUCUAUGUAAACAUAUUGUACUCACAAAUUUUGUAUCUGAAAUUAAAGAUAAAGAAAAUGUGAACAAAAAUCGAUUUAAUGAAAGAAAGCGGGUUCGAUCUCUAACAAUGAAUUUAUUGAGACAAAGAAACUCGAUCCUUUGAAUCUUUUUUUUUACUUGUAUGAUUCAAAGGCUUGCAAAGCUUGAAAACUUUUUCGAUUCGGGGAAGAAAGAUUUAUAGAUUUGAUAGUUUUGAAACUUAGUUGGAAGUUCGGUAGAGUUGGUAGAUUCUUUCCUUUGAUACUUGUGAUUCAAAAACUUGAAAAACUCAUUCUUGGAUCAGUAGAGAAGACCUCGUCAAUUUGGAAAGGACUUGUAGAUUUCGUAGUCUUGAUACCUGAUUGGAGUCGGUAGCUUAUAGUCUUGAGAGAGUUUUUGUGGCUAGAAAUUUGAUAUCCUUCUGUCCCUUUUUAGGAGGAGGACCUCUUUAUUUAUAGAGGAUUUGGGAGGAAAAUCCCAGUUGGCUGUUGACAAGUGUCACCAUCUUAUUGAUUGAUUUGUCGUUUUCAAUUGGGUGACAUGGCAUUUUUUAAUUGGCCAAUUUAUUUCACAGAUAUUCAAAUGAGCUUAUUUAGUGAAAUUAAUUUAAUUACAAAUCAUUAAAUAAAAUUUGUGGGCUCAAAAUACAUUUGGCAUUUUAUAAUUGGAACUUAAAAGCCUUGAUUGCACUUUUAAGUGUUUAAUGGAAUAUUUUUUAUGUGGGAAUAAUUUAUUCAUCCGUGGCAUAACAGUACCACUAGUGUAAUCUGUAGCUCCAAUUCUCUAGUUGCAUUUUUGUAUUGUUGGAAUUAUUAGCACUGCCCUGGAACCUGUUCUAUUGAAUGAUAUGAGUGGCAGCUGUAUACAGAUGCAAGUGCAGAAUCUAUAUUUACUUGUCAUGAGGUUUUUGAUGUUUAUACUAGGAGAUGAUCUAUCAGAUGCUUUUCAGGAUAUCAAAUUCUGUCUGAAAUAUUUGUUGGUUCAAUUAUUGUUUAGCAUCUUUACAAGUUUAUAACUAGGGUAUCAAGUUUUGAGUAUUUAGUGUUACUCAUUCUAUUGUGAAUAAUUCUUACUAAGUUCUUUACGAGUGAAGAGCAUCAAAUCAAACAUGGUAAGAGCAUACAAGCAAGAGCACGUGUACAAGCAUCCGUGGGAGAGGGUAACUUCUGCAUCUUGGCGCAAGUUUACUGACCCUGAGAACAAGCGGAUUCUUUCCCAUGUACUUGAAGUUGACACUUUGAACUGGAAGCUUGAUCGUGAGUCUGGGAAGCUUUACACAACUCGUGCUGUGACAGUGCAUGCUCCUGGACCAUGGUUCAUCCGUAAAAUCAUUGGUCAGGACAUUUGUCACUGUGUUGAGUCAACAGUUGUUGAUGCCCGUACUCAGUCAAUGCAGCUUACCAGUCGUAACAUCAGUCUCCAGAAGUUCAUAGAAGUUGAGGAGAAGAUCCGUUACCACCCUCACCCUGAUAAUCCUAGCGAGUGGACACUUUGUCAGCAGGAGACAAGUAUAAGGAUCAAGCCAUUAUCUGCAUUGGCAUCAAUGGCAGAGAAGAUAGAACAACGUUGUGUCGAGAAGUUCUUGCAGAAUAGUGCCAAGGGUAGAGAGGUUAUGGAGAGGAUCUGCAAAUAUCUUGAAGCAGAAUCUAGAGGAAUUGCCCUGUAGCCCUCACUUUCAUUUUUCAAUUUAACCUUGUGCAACACAACGGUUUGGAGUAUCUCAAUAGUAGAAAGUUGAAAAGAAAUAAAAAUGCAAUCUGUGGAGCGUCGACUGAUUAAUUUUUCAUGGAUAUUGUGCAAAUUUUGACCCCUUUCUUGAAAUAAAAAACUUUGAAUUAGUAUGAUGCA